AUGGCCAUAUUGUUUCUCAUUAUACCAAUCCUCCUAUUAUUCUCAUAUCUUGUUCAUCGCAGAAGAAGUUGUGAAACCCCUCUCUUGAUAGAUUGGCCAAUCCUUGGCAUGUUGCCACAAGUCCUUAGCAACUUGUGGCAUAUCCAUGAUUUUGUAACAAAUGUUUUGAGACAAAAAGGUGGCACCGGUGAAUUCAUGGGGCCAUGGUUCACCAAAAUGAACUAUAUGGUCACUAGUGACCCCAUGAAUGUUCAUCACAUAAUGAGCAAAAGCUUUGACAACUAUGUCAAGGGCCCAGAGUUUCGCGAGAUCUUCCAAGCUUUUGGAGACGGUAUUGUGACUGCAGAUUCAGAGACAUGGAGAUACAUUAGGACCAUGCAACAUUCCUUGUUCCGGCAACCGAGUUUUGAGACGAUGGUGGAGAAAACCUUUCAAAAGAAGGUUCAGGAUAGCUUGCUUCCGAUACUUGAUCAUGCAUGGUUACAUGGAAAUGUUUUGGAUCUUCAAGAUGUGUUUAGUCGAUUAAUGUUCGACGAGACAUGCAUCAUGGUUUUAGGAUAUGAUCCUAAGAGUCUCUCAAUUGAAUUUCCAUUGGUGGAAAUUGAGAAGGCUUUCGUUGAAGUUGGGGAGUCCAUAUUCUAUAGGCACGUAGUGCCAAGAAGUGUUUGGAAGUUUCAAGAGUGGCUUCAAAUUGGUGAGGAGAAGAAGAUGACAAAAGCAUGCAAAGUUUUUGACCGAUUUCUAUAUUCAUGCAUUGCAACUAAGCGCCAAGAGUUAAAUGAACGCAACAAAAGUAGUGGUGAUGACUUGCUUAGUGCUAUCAUGAUGAUGGGUGAAGAAAAGGGCAAAAUGGUCCAUGAUGAUAAGUUUCUAAGAGAUGCCGUAUUCAAUCUUUUUGUAGCCGGGAGAGAUCCCAUAACUUCGGCUCUUACAUGGUUUUUUUGGCUCGUUGCAACACAUCCAUUAGUGGAGGCCAAGAUUCUUGAAGAAAUCGAAAAAGUUUUUGGCGCAAAUGAUGGGGAGAAACGCAAAGUUUUAGGGAAGGAAGAUGUAAGGAAGCUAGUUUAUCUGCAUUGUGCUAUAUGUGAAAGUUUGAGACUAUAUCCACCUGUUCCUAUUGAACGUAAGCAAUCAUUGAAAUGUGACACACUUCCUAGUGGUCAUCGUGUUAAUCCAAAUACAAUUAUUUUGUUUUUUACUUAUGCAAUGGGAAGGUUUGAAGAUAUUUGGGGAAAAGAUUGUUUGGAGUUCAAGCCAGAGAGAUGGAUUUCAGAGAAAGGAGGAACAAUACGUGUUCCAUCUUAUAAGUUUUUUAGUUUUAAUGCAGGUCCAAGGACAUGCAUGGGAAAAGACUUGUCUUUUAUUCAAAUGAAAAUGGUGGCAUCUGCUAUUUUGCGCAAUUAUCAUAUACAAGUGGUGGAAAAUCAUCCUACUACCCCAGCUCAUUCCACUGUCCUUUUUAUGAAGCAUGGCUUAAAGGUUAUGAUGACAAAAAGACAAUUUUAA